CAAUUGAAUAAAAUUUCUUGGAGCUGGUUCCUGACUAACAUAAAUUUGAUCAAUCCUUCAGCUUUCGCCCGGAUCUCCCGUGGACCCUAACUGUUCAUUAUUCUGUCACUAGUAUUUUCACGGCCGCGCGCGACCAAAAUUCAAAGAUGACGUCCUACACAUCGGGUGCAGGAAUACCCUUCAAUUAUGGCUCUGUGACUAGUUCUUCAGGCAGCAUGAGGGAUGCUAUCGCUUCAUACCGUCGCUCGCAAUUCUUUGCCAGUUCAAAUAUACCAUAUAACGCUCAUUUUUCUGACGAGGAGUCGGAUGAAGAGGCUUACCUUGGAGAAGACGACGAGGAAGGCGAGUUAACUCCAAUACCCAGGGAUGACAUGACAGAGUUGUGGGACUGGGACGAAUCGUCGCGUCCAGUCUUGCAACCUGCACGAACUUUUAUCCCCCGGCGGCCUGUUGAUACACGGGAAAUCACUGCUGCUGGCGGAAGUCAACUCGCUCGAUCAACCAGUGAUGAAGCUGCUCCUUUACUUAAAGCAUCUUCCACAUCCAGUAAUCAAAUCAGUUAUGGGGGAUCUGAUUCAGAUGCCUACGUCGGUGAAGAGUCACGCAUCCCAACAGAUCGGUCUUUACUACGGCGCAAGUCGUCGGUUACCCUGAGGAAACCACACAAUUACGGAGGACAAAGUACCUACGGGCAGACAUUAUUCAACAGUAUCGCGAUAUUACUGGGCAUAGGAAUGCUAUCCGAGCCCCUGGCCUUCGCAUAUGCUGGUUGGAUCGGUGGAACGGCUCUCAUCGUGUUUAUGGGCUUCUUGAAUUGCUAUACUGCUAAGAUUCUUGCUGGUAUCAUCUUGGAGGACCCUCGUUUGAGGUCAUACGCCGACAUUGGUCGUAAGGCGUUUGGUCCCAAGUCGACCGCCCUGACCACGAUUAUGUUUUGUCUUGAACUUUUUGCCCCGCUGACUCCUAUGCACGAAGUCAUGCCAGCGUAUUCCUCAGACACGUUUAAAAUCGCAUCCAUUGUCGUAUUGGUACCGCUGGUUUUUCUACCGCUGUCCAUACUCUCUUAUACCUCGAUCCUUGGCAUCUGUUCGACACUCCUCAUCAUUCUUGUCAUUUUCAUAGAUGGCUUUUCUAAGCCAGAUGCUCCUGGCAGUCUCUGGAGUCCGGCCGCAACGUCGUGGGGGACUGGCUCUAUGACAGAGCUUGGAGUUGCUUUUGGCUUGUUAAUGGCUGGCUUCUCUGGCCAUGCUGUAAUACCAUCAUUGGCUCGUGACAUGGUUGAUCCUUCCGAGUUUAAUAACAUGAUCAACUGGGCUUUCGUCGUUACCACAUUCAUCUAUGGGGUUAUUGGUUAUGCUGGGUACUUGAUGUUCGGACGAAACGUGAGCGACGAGGUCAGUAAGGACCUCAUGAGCACUCCUGGUUAUAACUCAUGGAUCAACGAAAUUGCACUAUGGACGUUGCUCAAUGUCAUCCUCGAAAUCAUGCUCGGUAUAGAUAAUCAUACGCCGUUUCAGGGUGGUGUCAAACCCCAGCUAGACACUCAGCUUUCUACUGCCCGUCAACUUUUGAAUCGCGUAUUCUUCAUUGUCGGGCGCGUAUCUAUCCCCGCGCUGUCUAUUUUGGUGUCGAUCCUCGUUCCGGAGUUUAGCUCCCUUAUGGCCUUCCUUGGUUCAUUCUCAGCCUUCGUGAUCUGCGUCAUUGGUCCUAUAUCAGCCAAAAUCGCCCUUGAGGGAAGGUAUGGUUUGGUUGAUGUUUCAUUGCUCGCAAUAGCCAUUGUGAUGGCAACUUGGGGGACGCUUGCUGCAUUUUGGGCAGCGUGAAAUUUUCGUCGGUCUCGAAGAAAUACACAGACGGAUGUCUUCUUGGUACUUCAUUAUUGCCCUUUGAAUCUCAAGCUUCAUGUUCUGACGUUCUACUUGUGUUUCCCGCUGUAUCACACAAAUAUGUACUAUAGCUAUACAUAUCA